UGUAAAGAAAGUAAAUUAAAAGAAACAUGAAAAUAUAUAGGUGACAUACGAUGCUUACGCUUCCAACAUUCCGCGCUGGAACGCUUGCGCGCGCAUUGUAUUGUUAGUUCUGAACGAAUAUUUGUAUACUGUAAUUACAACGAUUUUUAAUUUAAAAGAAAAAUGAAACUGUUAACACAUAAUAUGUUAACUUCGAAAUGCUUAAAAGGCGUUACUGUAGGUUAUCCUUUAGGGAUCAUCGCAAAAGAUAUCAAAGUAUCGGAAGUAGACUUCAAUUCAGAAUUUAUAGCAAGGAUCAUACCAAAAUUGGACUGGACAACCUUGUGGAAAGCUGCAGAAAGUAUUGGACAUGUUGGUGAACUUCCUCAAAACUUAAUAGAAGAUUAUGAGAAAAAUGAAGACUUUUUAAAAAAGGUACACCAUGUGCUAUUAGAAGUAGAAGUUAUAAAUGGAGAUUUACUGUGUCCAGAAUCAGGUAGAAAAUUUCCUAUUAAUGAUGGGAUACCUAACAUGCUUUUAAAUGAAGAUGAAGUCUAAAUUUUAUAAGAAAAUUUAUUAGUCAUAAAAUCAUACAUUAAUACAUGUAUAAAAUUCUUGUAUAUUAUCAUUAAUACUGAUAUUUGCCAAUAGAAUAUAAUCUUUAUGUAUUCAAAUGUUAUAAUUAAGGACAUGUAGCAUAGAGUUCUGUAUAGAGUAUUGUGUUUUACAUUCUUAUAAUUUAAUUCUUUUUCAUUUUCUAUAAUUAUAAAUUAUAAAUGUAGAUAAUACUUUUUAUAUUGUUUUAAGAUUAUGAUAUAAAAAGAUACAUUUUAAUAGAACAUGUACAACUGGAACAAUUACAGUUUUGACUAAAUUUAUUAGAGAUAAUAAACAAGUUCAAUUGUUUUAUUGCACAGAUAUGUAUAGAUACAACGAAAUACAAUUUUGUUUUAUCACUUGCAA